AUGGACGACCACAUUCUCUUCUUCUACGGAACCCUAAUGGCCCCUCCCAUCCUCCACCGCGUAAUCCACGGCCACUCCACCCCCGAGCCAUGGCAAAAGGCUCUUUUAACAGUCAAGCCUGCAAUCCUGCAUGGAUACCGACGACAUAGAGUUCGGUAUGCAGAUUAUCCGGGUAUUAUACCCACACCUUCUUCAUCUGGUGCAGAUGAUGGCAAUGAUACUACUACUGCCGGUAGUGAUGGCGAGGCAUCUGUGCUAGGCACAGUAGUGUGGGGAUUGACAGAUGGGGACGUGUAUCGAUUGGAUCGGUUCGAGGGGAGUGAGUAUGAGAAGAGGGUGGUUAGGGUGAGGGUUUUAGAGAACCAUCAUCAUGAUGAGGGUGAUAAUGGGAAAGCAGGGGAUAUACAAGAGGUUUUGGAUGCAGCGGAGACAGAGGGCAGCGAGACAAAGGAGGGGAAAGAAGUAGAGGCCGUGACCUAUGUGUGGACUGCUGGUAAGGAGCGUUUAGAGGAUGCCGAGUGGGACUUUGAAGCCUUCAAGCGGGAUAAGAUGGCGUGGUGGGUGGAGGCGGAUGAGAAGGAUUGGUAG